CGGCGCACUGGGGACCCGCGGAGGUGCCCCGUGGAGACCCGGGUGCGCAAGGUGAGACGUCACGUGCUCGCAGGACCCAAGUGGAGGGAAAGUUCGCGUCCGUGGCGAGGGCUCAGCUGGUGUGGCCACGUGGGGAGCGAAAAGGGCACGUCCGCUUGCACGGGGCUGCCGAGGCUGGGAGUGGAAGACGGAAAGGGUGCAGGGGGGCGGAGAGGCGCUCCCUAAACCCUCUCAGCACCGUGGGUUCUGGGCUCUAAGACUUUGGUCCGAAGACCUGGCCAGGCGACCCAGCAAGGUACGCAUCCUCAGACCCUGUUGGAGACGGUGCUAACCACCGCGCCACCCCCGAGGAGUUCACCGUGAGAUCGCGGAGGUCUCACGCCGCCCGCGCCCCGGACUGCAUCGCUAGAACGUCCGGACCAGGUCCCCUGAUUCCACCCCGGAGAGCGUCGCGGGUGCGGUUCCAUAGGAGGAGGCCGGCGGCGCGAGCUGCCACGCACGCAUUGUUUGAAGACGCGAAGGUGGGGAACCCUGGUACCCUAUUCUGUCUUCCCUGCUCAACCCCACCAGAAUGGCUGCUUUUGGACACACAUUCCCCUUCUAUGCUGGCCCCAAGCCAACCUUCCCAAUGGACACCACCUUGGCCAUCAUCAUCACCAUCUUUCUUACUGCACUUGUCACUUUCAUCAUCAUCCUGCCUGGCAUUCGGGGCAAAACGAGGCUGUUCUGGCUGUUUCGGGUGGUGACCAGCUUAUUCAUCGGGGCUGUGAUCCUGGCUGUGAAUUUCAGUUCUGAGUGGUCUGUGGGCCAGGUCAGCAUCAACACAUCAUACAAGGCCUUCAGUUCCCAGUGGAUCAGCGCUGAUGUUGGGCUCCAUGUUGGGCUGGGAGGAGUCAACAUCACACUCACAGGGACCCCAGUGCAGCAGCUGAAUGAGACUAUCAAUUACAACGAGAAGUUCACCUGGCGCCUAGGGAAGAACUAUGCUGAGGAGUAUGCAAGAGCGCUGGAGAAGGGACUGCCAGACCCCGUGCUCUACCUGGCUGAGAAGUUCACCCCGACCAGCCCAUGUGGCCUGCAUGGCCAGUACCGCCUGGCGGGACACUACACCUCGGCCAUUCUGUGGGUGGCAUUCCUCUGCUGGCUGCUGGCCAACGUGAUGCUGUCCAUGCCUGUGCUGGUCUAUGGUUGCCACAUGCUGCUUGCCACGGGCAUCUUCCAGCUGUCAGGACUGAUCUUUUUCUCCAUGGCCACGACACUCAUCCCACCCUGUCCUCUGCGCAUGGGCACUGCUAUGCUGCACUUUCACCGUGGACCUGCCUUCUGGAUCACGCUGAGCACAGGACUGCUCUGUGUGCUGCUGGGCCUGGCCAUGGUGGCGGCUCACAGAAUGAAGCCCCACAGACUGAAGGCUUUCUUCAAUCAGAGUGUAGGGGAGAACCCUGGGCUGGAGUGGAAUCCUGAAGAAGGAGGACUCCUGAGCCCCCGCUACCGGUCCACAGCUGAGAGUCCUGAGCCCCAGGACAUUCCUCUGUCAGAGGCGUCCUCCCAGGCAUGCUGUAAGGAGGAGCAACCCAGAAUGCCUGACCCUGACCCAUAAGGUUCCUCUCCCGGGUGGCCACCCAGACUUCCAAUGUGAUUCUUGGCCUCCUUUGGGCCUCCCGAACCUCCCUCCGGAACUGCCCAUAGAAUGGGUUGUAACGGCCCUCCAGUUCCGGUCUGUAAGUGGAGUCAAAAAAGGAGACUCUCUCUAUCGAUGUUGACAAAACAUAAGAAAAGACCUAAGGUGCUGACCAGAUAUUGGAACUGCCCAUAAACCUUGUCACAUGAGAAGACCAAAUGUUUCCACACAGCAACCCUGCUUUUUUUUUUUUGUGAUGCUUUGCCUGUGUCAGAUUCCAUUUAUUGAAACCUAACAUCACCCCCAUAAUGAUGAUUCUGUGGUCCCUCUCAUCCCUCUACACCUCUUAUUUUCCUUUGUCCUGGGUCCCCUUUGUUCUUCCUUUAUUUCCCCGGCUUGUGUGACCUCUUGGUACAAUGAAAGAGACACUCGGAGGGAGAAGAAACCAAACUUCUUACCCUAGGCCUAAUAUUAACCAACUGUGCCACAUUCUCUUUGAGUUUCAGUUCUCAAGUUGGCUAAAUAAAAGUGUAAGACUUGCCAAGGACCUUUUAAAAAA